GCUUGAAGUAUGUAACAAGCGAAGAUGAGCAGAAAUGUGACCAUCAUUGAAUUUUCAAAAAACAAGGUGAUAUAUGUUACCUGCUGCUAUCAUGAUGGAUCAGCAAACAGUUUCUGCCAUCCAGGGAUUUCUAGGUUCCCAAGCAAAAUGUGUGACUUCUAUAGAAGCUGGCCUGGUGCGAGACUGGGUAAAGACAAGUAGGAUUUUGGUCUUGGUACAAAAUAAUAAUGAGCAUGGGUUACUUGUGUUUGUAUCAUCAAAACCCAAUGUAACAAGUACAGCUGAUCUCUCUGUGGAAAAAGCUUUUCCUAUCAAUGAACAUUUUAAGUGUGAAAUUGAUACUUCAGGCAUAGAUGUAUUUGCUGGUGCUGAUGUGUAUGUGAAAGUGACCUACCAGAAACAGAAGCUGCUAUUUGAAUUACCAUUCAGUCCCAGAACAAACACUUUUGUAGCAGAGGUCACAAGGGCAGCAGAAGCUAGUUCACUACGAGUCGGGCCACCACCGAGUUUCACUUGGCUGCAAGCUUAUGUACCAUUGAAUGUACCACAUACUCUCUGGUUCGACCUUUCUGAUGAUAAUGUUUCACAUCACUCAGUGGGUUCAACUUCUUUAAAAUCUGGGUUGGCUUUUGAUGAUAAUUUCUCAGAGUUAAUGACAUCAGACAACUGGCCAAGCAAUACUGAACUUAAGAAAAGUGAUUCACAAGAGAGUGACCUUGAUAAUUCAGAAAACUUUGGCAACAUACCCAGACAAAGUAUUGCCAUGGGAGCUACACCUUUAGCUGCUAGAGAAAGUGUGGUAAAACUCCAGAUGACAAUGAGAGAAGAAGAUUAUACAGACCUUCAGAAUUUUAGAGUGUUUAUUGGUACCUGGAAUGUAAAUGGGCAAGCACCAAUAAUCUCAUUAGAAGAUUGGUUAGCUCCAAAGUCAGACUUGCUGCCUCCAGACUUAUAUGUCAUUGGUUUCCAGGAGCUAGACCUUAGUAAAGAAGCCUUUCUGUUUAAUGACACUCCAAGGGAGGAGGAGUGGUUGCAUGCAGUCUCAAAUGCUUUACAUCCUGAAGCUGAGUACAAGAAGGUGAAACUUGUUCGUCUUAUUGGCAUGAUGUUAAUAAUUUUUGUUCAAGUAAAACACGUUGAUUGUAUACAGAAUGUUGCUGCAGAGACAGUUGGUACAGGAAUUAUGGGGAAGAUGGGCAACAAAGGAGGUGUAGCUGUUCGUUUUGAUCUUCAUAGCACAUCAGUCUGUUUCAUCAACUGUCAUUUAGCAGCUCACGUAGAAGAAUUUGAAAGGAGAAACCAAGAUUACAGUGACAUUUGUGCUCGUUUAGUAUUUAAUCAGUUUAAACCACCAAAGUUUAUCAAGGAUCAUCAACAAAUAUACUGGCUAGGUGACAUGAACUAUCGAAUUAUGGAUCUUGACACAGACCAAGUUAAAGGUUUGAUUGACAAGCAGUGCUACCCCACUCUCUUGGAGCAUGAUCAGCUUACGAUACAACAUGGAUUUAAGAGGGUAUUUGUUGGCUGUAUAGAAGGGCCUGUAAGAUUUCCUCCAACCUACAAGUAUGAUCCAGGUACUAAUGACUGGGAUUCAAGUGAGAAGAACCGUCCUCCUGCAUGGUGUGACAGAAUUUUGUGGAAGGGAGAACAUAUAAGUCAGCUUUGUUACAGAAGUCACCCUUCUCUGAUGAUUAGUGAUCACAAGCCUGUUAGUUCUGUGUUUGAAGUUGGAAUUAAAGUUGUAGAUAACAUCAAGUACAGAAAGAUUUAUGAGGAAGUUAUGAAAAAACUUGACAAACUAGAAAAUGAAUUUCUUCCCCAAGUCACUGUUGAUAAAAUGGAGGUACAUUUUGAAAGAGUGACUUUUAUUGAGCCAGUUUCUCGCUUCCUUACCAUUGCCAACACAGGCCAGGUUCCUGUACAGUUUGAGUUUAUUAAGAAACUGAAUGACACCAGGUAUUGCAAAGAUUGGCUCAACAUCAAACCAUACAUGUCUUUUAUUAUGCCAGGUGAGAAAUGUGAUGUUGAGUUAGAAGUGUAUGUUGAUAAACGAACAGCAUUCAAAUUGAACUCUAAGCAAGAUACUCUAGAUGAUAUCCUUGUGUUACACCUGGAAGGUGGAAAAGAUCUUUUUAUUACUGUACAAGGCGCUUACAUACCAAGUUGUUUUGGUUCAUCAUUAGAUGCUCUAGUUCGAAUGCCAUUUCCUAUACGUGAGGUUCCUACAGCAAAGCUAAUUGACUUGGAAACUCAUCCCAAAGAAAUUAAAGCUAAAGAACCACCUUUUGAGAUCCCAAAGGAACUUUGGUUACUCAUAGAUCACCUUUUUAAAUAUGGAUUAACAAAGGAAGAUCUGUUUCAACAGCCAGGAUUACAUCAAGAGAUCCAACAAGUUCUAGAAAAGCUAGAUACUGGAAAACCAGAACAUAUGCCUGGAAGUGUUAAUUCUGUAGCAGAGGCACUACUACUAUUUUUGGAGGCACUAGCAGAUUCUGUAGUCCCUACCAUAUUCUACCAGAGGUGUCUGGAUUGUUCUAAUAACUUCAUCCUCUGUAAACAAGUUAUCUUCCAGCUUCCUCAGGUCCACAGAAAUGUCUUUCUGUAUAUAAUGUAUUUUCUAAAGGAGCUUCUUCAUCACUCUGCAUAUAAUAAACUUGAUCCCAACUUGCUAGCAACUGUGUUUGGAAGUAUUCUCCUCCGAGCUCCUCCUAAUGAUGAUCUAGAUAUUAAUCUACCAGGAGUACGAAGGAAUCAACAGCUUGCAGACAGAAAAAAAGCCACUUUUGUCUAUCAUUUUUUAAUGAAUGACUGGUGAAUAAUGUAUAUAUAUGUAUGUAUUUCAUAAAUGUGUAGAUAUAAAUAUUUAAAAAUAAGAAAACAUGCAAAGUAGCUUGGUUGGUGUAGUUCUGAUACAUGUAGGUUCUAAAAGUAUAUGUUGUAUGUUUCUUUGUUUUAUGAUUGUUAUUUUAAAAAAGUUUUGCAAUUCAAAGUAUAAGUUGAACUGAGUGCUGUCCAUAAUUAAACUGACUUUUUUAUUCUGUUUCAUAAAAGACUAGAGACUACCAAUUCCACUAAAUGUUGAUAGAUGGCCAUAGUGUAUACAGGCCUUUGAAUUACAGCAAUGAAGCUAAAACACCUGUACUGUAUAUUCCUAUAUGACUUUGCUCAGUUACUUUUUUUUUCAUAUUGAGGGAGUAAUGAUUAAAUUUAUUGAGAUUUUUAAAAGUAGCCAUGGAAUUUAUAUAUAAUGUAUUUUAUGUUUUGUAAUAGUAAAUGGAUAUUUAGAUUUACUAACUCUGAAGAAAAAGUCCACGAAAGACAGU